GGUAGCGCCAAUUAUCAGCUGUCAAAUAAGAAAAUUGUGUUCUAUUCCUACUUCUAACAAGGUCAGCAAAAGGUCGGAAAUUACUCUAUAGUAGAGGAGUAUUCCACAAGCCAAAAAUCCUAUGAAAAUUCAGUUCAUUUGUCCGGUGAACGAGCAAUAAUAAAGUUAGUCAAGAUGGCACGUCGUUUCUGUGUUGGAGGUAACUGGAAAAUGAAUGGAGAUAAGAACUCCAUCAAUUUGAUUUGCCGUAAUUUAGCCGCUGGACCAUUGGAUCCAAAUACUGAAGUCGUUAUUGGAUGCCCAGCUGUUUAUAUCGAAUACGCCAGAUCACUUUUGCCAGCAGAAAUCGGUGUCGCGGGCCAGAAUGCCUACAAAGUUCCAAGCGGCGCUUUUACCGGUGAAGUGUCACCAGCCAUGUUGAAAGAUGUUGGUGCAACUUGGGUCAUUCUUGGACACUCAGAGCGUCGUCAAAUAUUCGGCGAAAGCGACGAGUUGAUUGCACAAAAAGUUGUACACGCUCUGGAAGCUGGUUUGAAAGUUAUUGCUUGCAUCGGUGAAACAUUGGAAGAACGUGAAGCUGGCCAAACAGAAGCCGUCGUUUUUCGUCAAACUAAAGCCUUUUCUGACGUUAUCAAGGACUGGUCAAAUGUUGUGCUUGCUUAUGAACCGGUUUGGGCUAUUGGUACUGGAAAAACUGCAACACCACAACAAGCCCAAGAAGUACAUGCCGCUUUGCGAAAAUGGUUCUCUGACAAUGUGUCGGCUGAUGUAUCAGCUUCACUUCGCAUUCAAUAUGGUGGUUCAGUAACAGCAGCUAAUGCCAAAGAGUUGGCUUCUCAACCCGACAUCGAUGGUUUCUUGGUUGGUGGUGCAUCAUUGAAACCAGAAUUCGUUCAAAUCGUUAAUGCAAGACAAUAAAUUGAAAACUAAUCAAUUCUCUUGUAGAACGUUUAAACUCAAUUGUAUCAAACAAAUAAAGAAUAUCCCCAAAAAUUAAUUGGAACAGCACAUUUAAUUGACCAUUUCCAAAUCAUUAUGAAAAAUAGUUCACAUUAAUAUUCUGGGAUGAAAUAAAACUAAAACUAUUUUCGUUUAAGCAUAAAAACAA